UUACAAUAUGACGACGAAGGAGAAAGAGAAGCUUUUAUUUUUGAAACGUGACCCGGAGAUUAUCGCUGGUGUGACGUGUUUCCUGCAGCUGCAGUAGCGUCUCGUCUUCACGCUACAGUCAGAGUGAACCGGAGCGACAGGCCGGCUCACUCCCGGCACUUUCCCGGCUCUCUCCCGGCCACAUCCCGGCUCCGCCCCGCCUCACGGUGGUCUAAGAUGUCCGGUCUUCAGGGUCUGAAGCAGUUCGUCAGCCGGCGGCUCUCCGCGGCGCUGGAGGAGAUCUUCGGCCAUGUUGAGAGAACCAUCACGGAGUACGAGCGGGAGAUGAACCGACGCCACCGCAAACUGCUGGACGAGGUUCUGACACCUGAAGUGAAGCAGGGGAGAACAGACGUCCAGCAGCUGUCGGUGAGUAAAGAAGAGGUUCUACCUGAGCAGCAGGAGUGGAGCUCGAGUCUGGACCAGGAGGAACCAGAACCCCCACACAUUAAAGAGGAACAGGAGGAACUCUGGACCAAUCAGGAGGGAGAGCAGCUUCCAGGGCUGAGUGAGGUGAAGGAGGAAGAUGAAGAGAAACCCGAGUCCUCACAGCUUCAACAAAGACAAACUGAACCGAUGGAGACAGAAGCCAAUGGAGAGAACUGUGGAGGACCAGAAUCAGCCAAGAACUGUGAUCCAGACCAACUUGUAAAUCGGGUUUGUGAGAAGUCGUCAAACUCUCCUGAACCUGAGACUGAGGUCAGUGAUGACGAGUGUGAGGACAGCACAGAAGCUCCGUCAGGUUUGAACUCUGUGGACGUCACUGAGAGUGAAGCCAAAUGUGAGCCCGUGAAAAAGUCCUUCGUCUGCUGCGAGUGUGGGAGGAAGUUUGGUCGUAAGGACAGUCUGCGAAGACACAUGAGGUUUCACACGGGAGAGAAACCUUACAGCUGCUCCAUAUGUGGGAAAAGAUUCUCUCAGAGGCCAAAUUUGAUCCGACACAUGAGAUGUCACUCUGGAGAAAAACCUUUCAGCUGCUCGUUCUGUGAGACCAGCUUUGCGGUGCGCAGCGCUCUGGUGAAUCACAUGAGAAUCCACACUGGGGAGAAACCGUUCAGCUGCUUGUAUUGUGACAAAAGCUUCACUCAAAAAGGAGGUCUGAAGAAACACAUGACGGUCCACACAGGAGAGAAACCAUACAGCUGUCCAGUGUGUGACAAAAGCUUCUCUCAAAAAGCAAACCUGACAUACCACUUCUCCGUGCACACGGGGCAGAAACAGUUCAGCUGCAGCGUUUGUGACCGAAGGUUCACAUGGCAGUCGCAGGUCAAAAGCCACAAGUGUGUCGGUAAGAGCAGCAGCACCAGCUGAUUGGCUGAUGAGCUGCAGCCAACAUCAGAGACAAUAUCUUAAAUCUCACCUCAGUCGUAAAUGAAUAUAAGAUGAGUGUGGUGAUCUCUGCACUUCAGCCGAAUAUGAUCACGAUACUUGUGUGUGUUUAAUGAUUUGAAACCAGCAGACUGAGCAAAGCAAGACGCAGCAGAAGCAGAAGCAGUUCUGACCAGCAUAUUGUGAUUUCUGUUAUUUUGCGAGUUAUUGUGCAGUUUCAGUUUAUAUCACAUACGACUGUGUGAUAUAUGACGAGGGAUCCAUACAUCCGAUGAAAACACAUUGUUGAAUUGACUAAUUCCAGGCAGACUUGUUGAUUAACGUGUUGCUGACCAGCGACUUCACUUUCACUGCUUCAGAUGUACUGAGUUGAUAUUUAUGUAAAAUAAAUGUUCAUUGAUAAAUGAACAUUUAUUUUUUAGUUU